ACGCAGGUGGGCAGUGGGGAAACGCACUGCGCACUUCUCUCAGAGGAAAGGGUUUUUGGGGCCAGUUUCUGUCUGAAUGAGCAAGUAACGUUUUUAGGACUUUUUAUUUUGAGUUUUUUUUUUUUUUUUUGAUAUUUUACGUCUGCGUCAGCAGGCAGGGCCAGGCGAGGAAAGUCGAAGGGAGCGUUUGGAGCUUUGUAUUAGCGGCAGUGGUUCGGGUUCGGGCCAGGCAGGGGUUAGCCUUAGAACCAGGUCACUGAGUGGGUCCUGGUUGUCUUCGAUCACCGGGUCACGUCUCUGGGAGUGAAAAGGGGGAAAGGUCUUCGUACUCAUUAUGGACAGUAUUCUGGAAAAUCUCUCAAAAACUGAGUUCAUCAGCAUCUGUGUUCAGCAUCCAAAGCUCCAUAAAGAUGACCUCUGGCACACACAUAUUGACUAUGAGAUCUGCAUACAUACCAACAGCAUGUGUUUUCGAAAGAAGACUUCCUGUGUGAGGCGGCGUUACAGUGAGUUUGUUUGGCUGCGCCAUUGUCUCGGACAGAACGCUCUCAUCAUAGAGUUGCCCAAGUUGCCACCUUGGAACCCCUUCUUCAGUCUGAGGAACCCAGAGCAAGUUAACAGGAGAAUGAAGGGCCUGCAGGAGUUUUUAGAAAAUGUUUUUCGCACUCCCUUGCUGCUAUCGGACAGUCGCCUCCAUUUGUUCCUCCAGUCAGACCUUAGCAUCGCAAAGAUCGAAAAGUGUGUUCAUGGUAAGACCAGGUACACCGUGGCUGAAGCCAUACAACGUUCCAGCGGUGGUUACAUUGGCAGGUUAGAAGACAAGGCCUCGUGUGACUCUGACUGCGAAAGCUCAUCAUCGUCAGGCUUGGGACUAAGCGUUGACUCUCCGCAGAGAGUUAGCCCCAUUCCUUUCUUCCAGUCCACGAACUGAGAUCCAGUACGGAGUUCUGCCAUCCCUCUGCUCUCUCACUGAGCCUUACAGCAUAGCUGUGCUGCACCUUUACUUCUUUCUCAAUAUAGUUCAUUGUUGAACUGGUCUGUGAUGUUCUACUAAGCUCUUGCUAUUCUUAACCUUCAAAGAGCAAAAAAAAAAUUUUAGUUGUUAACUUCAUUAAUCCCCUUAAACCUUUAUUUUAAUUUGCCUGAGAUGUCUCUUAAAUACGUGCCUUAAUAAUUUAACUUGUGUGUAUGUGUAUAUUUUCAUGUUUUUAAAAUAUGUAAAGCCUAUAUAAUAGUGAACACUUUAAUAUCCUCUGUAUAUAUUUUUAUCACUGUACCGAGCAUAGCAAUGAAUGUUUUGAAGUGAAGUUUUAAGGAAAAAAAACUGAAUGCUUUUAUGAUUUGUUAAUGGAUGAAUAAACUGUCUUUUUUUUGGAGGAAAAUAGGCUUGCAUCUACAUACGCUUUGUGUAAAUCAGAGUUUGGUUAAAUUUGAUGUCACAUACUUUACUACAGUUUGGUCUUGUAACUUAUCGCUGUGUGUACAGUACAGUCAUGCAUUGCUCUAUCAGUCCAGUAGAUGGAGCGUAAGCAUCGUAGCAGCCUGAAUCCACUGAGUAAACAGAAAAAGGACACAGUGCUGACAGGAGAUGGUUUAGGACACACAAUUUGUCUACCUAAAAUAAAAUAUUCAUCUCCCA